CCCGUGGCCUGCCUCCAGGAGCCAGGACUGCAGAGGGGCCCACCAUGGUAGUCCCAGGACCCCUGGCUCUCUCUCUGUUGCUGCCCAGCCUCACUCUCCUGGUGUCCCACCUCUCCAGUUCCCAGGACAUUGCCAGUGAGUCCAGCAGUGAGCAGCAGCUGUGUAACCGGAGGGAGCACCCCAUCGUGGCCUUUGAAGAUCUGAAGCCCUGGGUCUCUAACUUCACUUACCCUGGAGUCCGGGAUUUCUCCCAGCUUGCUCUUGAUCCCUCCAGGAACCAGCUCAUCGUGGGAGCCAGGAACUACCUCUUCAGACUCAGCCUUGCCAAUGUUUCCCUCCUUCAGGCUACAGAGUGGGCCUCCAGUGAGGACACGCGCCGCUCCUGCCAGAGCAAAGGGAAAACAGAGGAGGAGUGUCAGAACUAUGUACGAGUCUUGAUUGUUUCCGGCCGGAAGGUGUUCAUGUGCGGUACCAAUGCCUUUUCUCCAGUGUGCUCCAGCAGACAGGUGGGGAACCUCAGCCGGACUAUUGAGAAGAUCAAUGGUGUGGCCCGCUGCCCCUAUGACCCUCGCCACAACUCUACAGCCGUCAUCUCCUCCCAGGGGGAGCUCUAUGCAGCCACCGUCAUUGACUUCUCUGGUCGGGACCCUGCCAUCUACCGCAGCCUGGGUAGUGGGCCACCGCUUCGGACUGCCCAGUAUAACUCCAAAUGGCUCAAUGAGCCCAAUUUUGUGGCAGCCUUUGACAUCGGGCUGUUUGCGUAUUUCUUCCUUCGGGAGAAUGCAGUGGAGCACGAUUGUGGGCGCACUGUGUACUCUCGGGUGGCCCGGGUGUGCAAGAAUGAUGUAGGCGGUCGUUUCCUGCUGGAAGACACGUGGACCACAUUCAUGAAGGCCCGUCUCAACUGCUCCCGCCCAGGAGAGGUCCCCUUCUACUAUAACGAGCUGCAGAGUGCCUUCCAUCUGCCUGAGCAGGACCUUAUCUAUGGUGUCUUCACCACUAACGUAAACAGCAUCGCAGCCUCUGCUGUCUGCGCCUUCAACCUCAGUGCCAUCUCCAAGGCUUUCAACGGCCCCUUUCGUUACCAGGAAAACCCCAGGGCUACCUGGCUCCCGACCGCCAACCCCAUCCCCAACUUCCAGUGUGGCACCUUGCUGGAGACUGGCCCCAACGAGAACCUAACGGAACGCAGCCUGCAGGAUGCACAGCGGCUCUUCCUGAUGAGCGAAGCUGUGCAGCCGGUGUCACCAGAGCCCUGUGUCACCCAGGACAGUGUCCGCUUCUCACAUCUCGUGGUAGACCUUGUGCAAGCUAAGGACACGCUCUACCACGUACUCUACAUAGGCACGGAGUCAGGUACCAUCCUGAAAGCACUGUCCACGGCCAGCCGCAGCCUGCGUGGCUGCUACCUGGAGGAGCUGCAUGUGUUGCCCCCUGGGCGCCUUGAACCUCUGCGGAGCCUGCGCAUCCUGCACAGCGCGCGUGCGCUCUUCGUGGGCUUGAGCGACCGAGUGCUGCGGGUCCCGCUUGAGAGGUGCUCAGCCUACCGUAGCCAGGGGGCAUGCCUGGGAGCACGGGACCCGUACUGCGGCUGGGACGGGAAGCGGCAACUUUGCAGCACGCUUGAGGACAGCUCCAACAUGAGCCUGUGGAUCCAGAACAUCACAGCCUGUCCUGUACGAAAUGUGACACGGGAUGGGGGCUUCGGCCCAUGGUCACCAUGGAAACCGUGUGAGCACUUAGAUGGAGACAACUCGGGUUCUUGCCUGUGCCGGGCCAGAUCCUGUGACUCCCCAAGGCCUCGCUGUGGGGGCCUCGACUGCCUGGGGCCAUCCAUCCAUAUCGCCAAUUGCUCUAGGAAUGGGGCAUGGACCACAUGGUCAUCGUGGGCUCAGUGCAGCACGUCCUGUGGGAUCGGCUUCCAGGUCCGGCAGCGAAGCUGCAGCAACCCGGCGCCCCGCCACGGGGGCCGCAUCUGCGUGGGCAAGAGCCGGGAAGAGCGGUUCUGUAAUGAAAACACGCCUUGCCCGGUGCCCAUCUUCUGGGCUUCCUGGGGCUCCUGGAGCAAGUGCAGCAGCAACUGUGGAGGCGGCGUGCAGUCGCGCCAUCGUUCUUGCGAGAAUGGCAACACGUGCCCGGGUUGUGGCUUGGUGAGGGCGCAGGGCUGGGGCGCGGGGUGCGGUGCAGGGUGCGGGGAGACCUACAGGCCGAGGGGAGGAUCUGAAACCACUCUCAUCCCGAAGGAGUUCAAGACUUGCAACCCUGAGGCCUGCCCAGAAGUGCGACGCAACACACCCUGGACGCCCUGGCUGCCCGUGAACGUGACCCAGGGUGGCGCGCGCCAGGAGCAAAGAUUCCGCUUCACCUGCCGCGCGCCAUUGCCGGAUCCGCACGGUCUGCAGUUCGGCAAGAGGAGGACAGAGACCAGAACCUGCCCGGCCGACGGCUCCGGAGCCUGUGACACCGACGCCCUGGUGGAGGAUCUCCUGCGCAGCGGGAGCACGUCCCCGCACACUCUAAGUGGAGGCUGGGCCGCCUGGGGCCAGUGGUCAUCCUGCUCCCGGGACUGUGAGCUGGGCUUCCGUGUCCGCAAGAGAACCUGUACCAACCCGGAGCCCCGCAACGGAGGCUUGCCCUGCGUGGGAGACGCUGCGGAGUACCAAGACUGCAAUCCGCAGGCUUGCCCAGUUCGGGGUGCCUGGUCCUGCUGGACCGCGUGGUCCCAGUGCUCAGCAACCUGUGGUGGUGGCCACUAUCAACGCACCCGUUCCUGUACCAGCCCCGCACCGUCCCCAGGUGAGGACAUCUGCCUCGGCCUGCACACGGAGGAGGCACUAUGUGCUACACAGGCCUGCCCAGAAGGCUGGUCGCUGUGGUCUGAGUGGGGUGUCUGCACUGAGGAUGGGGCUCAGAGCCGGAGCCGGAGCUGUGAGGAGCUUGUCCCAGGGCCAGGUGCCUGUGUUGGCAACAGCAGCCAGAGCCGGCCCUGCCCCUACAGUGAGAUUCCUGUCAUCCUACCUGCUUCCAGUGUGGAGGAGACCACCAGCUGUGGAGGGUUCAGUCUCAUCCACCUGAUAGUCACUGGUGUGUCCUGCUUCCUGGGAUCUGGGCUCUUGACCUUGGCAGUGUACCUGUCUUGCCAGCACUGCCAACGCCAGUCUCAGGAGUCCACGCUUGUCCAUCCUGCCACGCCUAACCAUUUGCACUACAAAGGCGGGGGCACCCCCAAGAAUGAGAAGUACACCCCCAUGGAAUUCAAGACCCUGAACAAGAACAACUUAAUCCCUGAUGACAGAGCCAACUUCUACCCACUGCAGCAGACCAAUGUGUAUACAACCACCUACUACCCCAGCCCACUGAACAAGCCCAGCUUCCGGCCUGAGGCCUCACCUGGACAGCGCUGUUUCCCCAACAGCUGAUCCCACCCUCCUGGGACUCGGGCUCCUUGCCUUCUGGAGGCAGAGAACAGUGGAAUGGGACCGUAGAACCACUUUGGUUUUCCCUCUGCGCUGGGCCGAGAACUUGCUUCCUGGCCAGUGGGGGUCCUAUCCAGCUUCAGAAAGCUCUGGCUGUCAUUGACCAUGGGAGAGAGGGCUGGCUUCGGGCUGGCACAUGGCUGCAGACCCAGCUCAGCCCAGGCCUCAUGGUCUCUUGUGACCCACCAUCACUUUCCCCUGCCAUGUCUGAGCUGUGGACCUACUGGGUAUGUGAGGAACUUGGAGAGUAGAGAUGGCAGAGAGUGGGCUCUUAGGUUUGGGUUGGAAAUCACUUCCAAUGGCCACCACCAGCUAAGUCUGCCCCUUUUUUACUGAUCCCCCAAAAGUCCUGGGAUGCAUCCAGGUUACCAGUGAAAGGAAUUCAUCAAAUGUCCCAUCAAAUGUUUCGGAAGUUUCAGAACUCAGCCCAGGGUUGGAGCAUUCUGAUGCUGUUCUCUACGUGUCACAGGGGACCAGCGUUGGCCUAGGUUGGCCACCUCUGUCAGUCUGUAUCUUGACCAGAGGCAUCCUUCUGGUAAGAGGCAGGGAGGACUGAGGAGUGGAGGCUAGACUGUGCUGAGAGGCCCUUCACAGUUCUCUUGGCACAGGUCUUAGCCUUUCCUUCAGAAUGUUCGCAAGGUGGCCCAGAAGGAAGGAAGACUCUAGACCAUAGGAGGCAGAGUCUGGCCUCCAUGCUUGGAGCCUGCUGCUGCUGCUCUAGAUUCGUUGGCUGAGAAUUACUUGAGAGUCUCUGCUGGCCCCUCAUGUAUUCAGGAACACACACGCACACACACGCACACACACACACACACCAUCUGCUACAGUAACAAAAAGGAUGUUAAGCUGUGGCAUUAUUAAUUAAAGAUGAUAUCCAGUCUCCAAAUG